AUGCGGAACAAGGUCGUCGCGAGCCCACUUUAUAAUGAGGGACAAGAGUCAAGAACGAUAUAUCCCUUUACACCGCCGGGCGAAUCAAGCGGAAGCGGGGCGCCACCACCUGCAAAAAUCAGCCAAGCCACGCCAGCGCCCCUGGCGCCUCAACCGCUUUGUAUCUUGUGCAUAUUAGAGCGCGGACACGCCUUUAUGUCACAUCUCCGGGCCUGGGCCUGCCUGGGCCGGUACAGCCUGGAUGGCGCCGAUAACUCUCCUGGGGAGCGCCCAGGAGGGACUGUUAAGUUCGGGCUGGCGUGGAGCGCCCGAGCCUCCGAAGAAGGCUUCGGAGCUUAG